AUGCCCAUGCUCACUCGCAUCCAACUUUGGCCAUUCCCUCCUCUGCCUACCGCGGCCAUCGAUGUAAGAUUCGUCAAGAGACAGAUCGGUAUCCGCAGUAGCGCAGGGUCGAAUAUGGAGCCCCAAAGCCAGAUACGAGAAUUGCAACGGAAUGUUGCGCUGCAACAUUCAAUUGCAAUGUUUAAGGGCUUAGCUUAUUCACUUCCGAAGAAGGAAUUUCAAGGCAUGGAUCUCGCCUUGCGCUCCACCUUACAGCGCGAAGAAUAUCCUAUGAGAGAGCACAAUGUGAGCACAGCAGAAGCAAGAAACUUGGAGUAUGGGUAUUAG